AUUACCUUGUUUCCAAUGUUACCGUUUGGUGGAAUAUUAAACAGACACCAAAAUUAAAUUAUCAAUCCCCAUGAUCAUGAAACUAAUAAACACCUUAAUCAAUAAUUAGCAGCCCUCUUAGGUUUCUCACCGGACUCAUCUCCACUAUAAAUUAUUUCCCAAAUCCUCGCAUUUUCUUCACUCAGUCAGCCCUCAGAUUUUCACCAAAGACAAAUUCAUACACAUAUUCCAUCGGUAGUAGUAGCAGUAAAGUACAAUGGCUUCCCUAAACGUGGCUUUCCCGGUGGCAGUAUGCCUAAUAUUCUUGGCUGCAGACCACGCACUUGCAGCAAGAAACGUGAUUAAUCCCAUGCAGCCAGGCUACAACAUCCCAAUCACCGCAAGGAUCAAAACUGGAAACGAAGGGGAUGGUGGAUUAGCGGAUUGCUGGAAUGCCCUUGUGGAGCUGAAAUCAUGCUCCAAUGAGGUGGUUCUGUUUUUCCUGAAUGGGCAGGCUGAUAUAGGGCCCGACUGUUGCAAAGCCAUUGCCACCAUUACACACCACUGCUGGCCUGCAAUGCUCACUUCUAUUGGUUUCACGGCUGAGGAGGGUACCAUUUUGCGACGCUACUGUGAUGCCGCUGCAUCUGCUACUAGUACUAAUUCCUCCGCCCCUGCUUCGCCACCUCUUGCUGCCACCGCCACCACGCCUGUUCCUCCCGCCCACUAAUGCCACGCUUGUCACCUCCUGCCAA